UUCAGUUUUAUUUUGAUUUUUUUUUUUUGUAAAUUUAAAUGUUUGAUUAAAAAUUUUUGUGUGAUUGUUUUUCAAAAUCAAGAAUCGUGACGUUGUUUUGCGUGCCUCGUCAAAGACGAUCAUCUCAUAGCGAAUAUCGUGAUGGGAUGAUCGGGCUCGAGUCACCAAGUGUGCCGGGUGGAGGCGGGACACCGUCUCGUGGUCCUGGCCCUGGUGGUGGAAGCAACAGCAACAUGAAUGGAGGUGGUACUACUCGUGAGCGAACAAUGCAAGCCGUCGAAUAUUAUAAUAGUAAUGUUUUACGUGCUCGUCAAAAUGCUGGCUUAAUUUCUGCAUCCAAAAUUAAUUCACAAUCAUCGUACAAUGAUCGUCAUCCACAUAGCAUAUUACAUUCAUCAUCUACUUCAUCAAUGACUCGAAGACAUCAUUUAGCACAAGAUGCACUCUAUCGUAGUAACUCUAGUUUAGAACUUCAAGAUCAUCAUCAUCAUUUCCAUGGAGAAACAAACUUACCAAAUGGUACUCCAUUACGCCGUGAAUAUGGAAGUCAUGGUUCAAUCGAUGUAAUUGGAUCAGAUCGACCUGGUGGACCAGUGACUGGAACAAGUGAAUCGUUUUUUGCAAUGUUACAAGAUUACCGACCUGCAGUGUUAGGUGUGAUUGGUGCAAAUGAUCAACGAUCACCAGGUCCUUCUGAGUACCUUCGUGGUAAAGUUGAAUCACCUUCAUCCGGUAUGGAAAAUUCACCGACAAUUUUAUCAGCCGGUAGUAGUGACAAUGUGGAUUCGAUUUUAUCUGAUCGUGGAACACCUGCCGCAAGUACAAGUCCCAAGUUGAAGUUAAAAUUACACAGACUAUGGGGUGGUUCUAGUAAUAAUAAUGCUGCGACUAGCAACGGUUCAAGUAAUAGUAAUUCAGGACAUUCUUCAAGUGCUAGUAAAUCGCAUCAUCGUCCGCAUGGUAUUGUUGACGAUAGUGCAGUGAAUACAAGUACAACACAAAAUAGUAAUAGUAAUAGUGUAGGGACAUCUUCAGCGGACAUGGAAGAACGGCAACGGCGACGAGCAUUUGCACAUUACGAUUGUCAAUCGUUAACCGCGAACUUAGGCUACGCUGCUAAAUUACGUGGUAUACUGUUAGCACGUCGUCGUAACACUACCACGGGUGCUUCUGCUGCAUCAAUGUUAACAAGAUCCUCAACGCCAGACGGAGAUAGUGGCGAUGAAGAUUUUGGUGAUGGGCAGUCAAAUGAUCUCAUUGAAAGUUGUCCAUUCUUUCGGAAUGAAAUUGGUGGUGAAGAAGCGCGUGUUGUUAGUUUAACACGAUUACAAGCGCCUGGUUCACAACAACAACAGACUUCAUCACGAAGAAGGCCGUUACAUAGACCUUCAUUAGCGUACGGUGUUUCAGUGUUGGAAUUUCCUCCAGGUGAAACCCAUUGGCGUAAUAAUACAUGUCCAUACCAAAGACUUAGCAGACCAAUUGAGAGUAUAGACCAAGGUGCUUUGUAUUAUAGAAAAUAUUUUUGCGGCUUAGAACAUCAAAACUGGUUUGGAAUGGAUGAUCAACUCGGUCCAGUUGCAAUAUCAAUACGUCGUGAACGAGUCAAUCCAAGUCUAUCUAAUGGCAAUGGUUCUAGUGACAAUAACACAACCGCAUCUUCAACCUCAUCCACAUCACUAUCAACAAAUAAUUCAAAUCAGUAUCAAUAUCGUUUAGUUAUACGUACAUCCGAAUUACUAACGUUACGUGGUGCGGUCUUAGAAGAUGCUAUACCGAAUUUAAAAUCGACAGGGAGUAGUAAAGCAAUGAAUACAAAAGAAGUACUGGAGUAUGUUGCCCCUGAAAUACAAUUAUCAUGUUUACGAUUGGGUGUUAAUUCACCGCAGACCGAAGAACAAUUAUUAAAAUUAGAUGAACAAGGUUUAACAAGUCAUUAUAAAGUUGGUAUUAUGUAUUGUAAAGCGGGACAAUCUUCGGAAGAGGAAAUGUACAAUAAUGAAGAAGCUGGACCUGCAUUUUUAGAAUUUUUAGAUACAAUUGGACAACGUGUUCGGCUCAAGGGAUUUGAUAAAUAUAAAGCGGGCUUGGAUAAUAAAACUGAUUCGACUGGAACAUAUUCAGUGUAUUCACAAUAUCAAGAUUGUGAAAUAAUGUUUCAUGUUUCAACAAUGUUGCCUUUCACACCUAACAAUCGUCAACAAUUACUACGAAAACGACAUAUUGGCAAUGAUAUAGUUACAAUUGUCUUUCAAGAGCCUGGUGCUCAACCAUUUACACCAAAAAAUAUACGAUCACAAUUUCAACAUGUUUUUAUUAUUGUCCGAGCUGUAAAUCCUUGUUCGGACAAUACACAGUACUUAGUAGCAGUUAGUCGAUCAAAAGAAGUGCCAGUAUUUGGACCACCAAUCAAAGAUGGUGCGAAAUUUCCAAAGUCAAAACAAUUUGCUGAUUUUUUACUGGCGAAAGUAAUCAAUGCAGAAAAUGCUGCACAUAGAUCAGAGAAAUUUGCUACAAUGGCUACACGAACACGCCAAGAAUACUUAAAAGAUUUAGCUACCAAUUAUGUUACAGCAUCGAUUGUGGAUACUGGUCAAAAAUUCUCUAUUUUUGGUGGCAAGAAAAAAGAAAAACCACGCCCUGGUUUCAUAAGUGACGCUAUUCAAAGAGGUGCAAUUUGUUGGCAAGUUAUUCUCGAUGAUAGUGGACAAUCCUCUUUAGUAGAUUGCUUUCUAGGAAUUUCUACAGAUAGUUUAGUAUUAAUUGAAGAGUGCUCCAGGCAAAUUGUGUUUGUGACUCCAUGCAAAUCAAUUUUGGGUUGGUUAGCGCAUGCAAGUAGUCUUCGAAUAUAUCAUCACCAGGGUGAAUGUACCACAAUUCAUAUGCGUGAAUCGAGUAGUGAUCGCGAUGAAUUGAUGGAAAUCGUAGCCCGUUUACGUGCAGUAACUCAAGCGUGUCCUGUUCAAGAACUCUCACUACGCCGAAAUCCAAUGGGUCAACUUGGUUUUCAUGUCCAACCGGAUGGUGUGGUCACUCAAGUUGAAAGUAUGGGGUUAGCAUGGCAAGCUGGACUUCGGCAAGGCGCACGUCUUGUAGAAAUAUGUAAAAUAGCUGUGUCUACUUUAUCACAUGACCAAAUGGUGGAUUUAUUAAAAACUUCAGUUUUGGUAACCGUAACUGUGAUCCCAGCACAAAAUGACAAUACGGCACGUCGUGGUUGCUCAUUACAAAAUUGUAAAUUUAAUGCUGGCAAUUAUGAAGGUGAUUAUGAAAAUGUAAAUGGUGAAGACCGUCGGGAUAGUAUUCGAGGAAAAGGUGCACAAUUACAACAAGCUGUGCCUGGUAAUCAUCGACGAAGGUAUGAACGAAGUUUUUCACCACCACGUUCGAGUAAUAGCUCUGGAUAUGGUACUGGAAGCAGUAGUAAAUCCUUUCAUGAUCCACGAUUUUCGUUAAAUCCAGAGGGUACAAUGACAAGUUCAUCCAGUGGACAUUCAAGUGAUGAUCGUUGGUAUGAAUUAUUAGAACCACCAGAAAAUGGCCAUUCUUUACAAGGUACAACCCCUCCUCCAUUACCAGCACGUAUUGGUAACGCACCAAAUAGUGCAUUUCAAUCCGUAACACCCAAACAAAGUAUUGAAAAUGUAGCCCAAAUGUCACAUUCAAAGUCACAAGUUCAAAUCUCACCAAAGCAUCAAAAUACAACUUCAACGCCACAACAUACAAAAUUACACAGCACACAUUCAUUACCGCUAUCGCAUGGUAAUUAUUCGUUAUCAACAAACAAUACUCCAAAUCAUGUCCGACAUAUUGAUUUCGAACAUAAAAUCAGUUGUUUAAAAACAUCAAUGAAUGAUUCACGGCCGUUGCCACGUACUGCUAACAUCGAGUACCUUCGAACACCUUCAAAAACUGGUACAUAUUCCACGGAAAAUUCUACAAAUCAUUCCACGGAUACACUUAAAAGUGAUGGACAUUCAACAGAUACCAGUUCCACUAGUGAUAGACAAUAUGGCUUACUUAGCGAAGACGAAUUAUCAGCUGGUAGUCAAAGUGGAAAUGUUUCACCGAAAUUACGUAGAUCACAAAAGGGUCGCACACAAAAUCUUACUCCAUCUAAUAGCCGUAAUCAAAGUCCUCGCCCUUUAAAUAAUGGUGAAACCACGCGACUUCGACCUGGUGUCACAACGCGAAAUAACAUUAAUCGAAAUAGCGCAAAUUUAAGUUCCAGUACACUGCAAGAGGAUUUAAUGAAAUUAAUUAACCCCGAUUACAUGAUGAAUGAAAAUGCGGAAAAUCCACAAAAAACAGAAACAAAGGAAAAUCGUGUAAAAUGUCGAUCACGUGAAAAUAUAAAUAAUUCACAAACAAAUCAUCACCAAGUGAAUGGCAAUCAAACAGAAGUCAUAUUUACAACAGCUAGACCGGCAACUGUUAUUUCAAAUGCAAGUACGGCUUCAAGUCCUGCACUUUCUGAAAAGAAAGAUGAACGAAAUUCACCAAUUGUGCCAAAUAAUUUACAAAAGAAGAAUACAAAUUUUACACUGUCCCCUGAGGUUUUACCUCUACCAGAUGCUGGUGAAAUGGAUUGGCCAAGUUUAGUUGAUACUGCAACUCGUGCAAUGUUACAUGUGAAAGAUGAUUCUGAAAAUUUAAAUGCAUCAGAUGCAUGUAUUUCAGAAACUGUACGAAACGGAGAAAAUUUAGGACAUUGGGUGGACGAUGUAGCUGAAAGGUUAGGUUUAGAUGCAUCGAUUACAUCAACUAUAAGCACAAGUACCAGUGUUCCCGAACUACAAAGUCAUGUUACGGAAUUAGAGACACGCGUAAGUCGUGAAACAAAACGUCGUAUGUCAUUAGAGGAUGAAGUUCGUCGUUUACGUGAAGAAAAUCGUCGAUUACAGGAUGAAUCACAAGCCGCAGCUCAUCAAUUACGUCGAUUCACUGAAUGGUUUUUCCAAACGAUUGAACGACAAUGAAUGAUUAAUUUUUUUUAAAUAAAUAUGUAGAAUAGCGUUUUUUUUCUAAAUAAAACCAUAAUUAAAUUAUUCGUUAGGUUAUUGUUUAAGCAGAAAUUAAGUUUUGA